UUGAUAUGGCUAUAUUGAACUUGAACUAUCUUGGUAGUUUUUUGAGCCUGCUGCUUAACUGUGCGUGUGCGCCCUUGCCCCUGCACGUAUGCACAAUCAUGACUUGAGAACUAACAUCUGUCGGCUAAGUUGUAAUUCAUCUUUAGCCAAAGUUGGAGAUUUGUACAAUAAUAUGGCAUAAGAUAGCCUGAUAAACAAGAGUACAUGUGAGAUCAAACGUAUAAUUCAGUUUGGCUCUGAUGAAAGGCACAUCGGAAGAUAGUAGAUGGAAACAACCCGGUCCUUUUUCAACCGGUGCCUGUGCCUAUUGGCCAACGCUUUGUCGUCACUCUCUAAAAACCUCGUCUGCUUUUACAGCCAAAGAUUCAAAACAAAUCAAAACACUUUUCCUGCUUUGUGAUUGCUAUGGGAAGAAUAUUAACAACUGAAUUUGAACAGUUGUCUGAUGAUCUGCCUUUAAAGGGACACUGUGUGAGAUUUUUAGUUGUUUAUUUCCAGAAUUCAUGCUGCCCCUUUCACUAAUGUUACCCUUUUCAUGAAUACUUACCACCACCAUCAAAUUCACCAUCAAAGUAUUCAUUAUGAUUGGAAAAAUUACACUUUUCCUACAUUAAAAGGGGGAUCUUCUCCAUGGUCCGCCAUCAAAUUUGGCAAUAGUCAGUCCAGUUUCAAUGAGCAGCAUAGUUGCAGUACCUUUUUUGACCAUUUCCUGCACAGUGUACCUUUAACUUUUUACAUCACAAUUUGUGAUGCAUUUAAAUUAAGAGGAAGCUCGCUUCAAUCUGCUGUAAGUGUCAAACAUUUAAUUAGGCAGACUCGUACAUUUUAUUUGACUGUAGGCUAUUUGCCAAGUGAUGUGAUAUGAGGCCAAUGCAUACAAUAGUUAAGUCUGAAUUUGAUCCAAAGUUUUGUGUGUCUGUCUCUAACAUGUCUAACUAAUCUAACUCUUUUGCCUUUGCAGUUUCGAUCAGAAAGAUGCCUCCUCGCAACAAGAAGUCCCGUGCGGCAAGGCAGCGCUACGCCAGCAGGCAGCUGUCUUCAGAGGUCCAGCUGCCUGUGGAAGCCUUAAUGACCUCUGAACAAACUGAGCAAAGCAAAGUCAAACCUGUCAAAACUAUACCUGCCAAAUCAAGCUGCCAAAUCAAGCUGCCAAAUAAACCUCUCAACCAAACCUGCCAAAUAAACCUGCCAAAUAAACCUGUCAAAGAAAGUCAAAGAAAACCAAACUCAUGCAAAAGUCAAGUCAAACUCAUGCAAAAUCGCAAACUCUCCUCAAACCCUCAACCUCUCAACCCCUCAAACUCUCCUCCAACUCUCCACCUCUCAAACCCUCAACCUCUCAACCCCUCCAACUCUCCUCCAACUCUCCACCUCUCAAACCCUCAACCUCUCAACCCCUCCAACUCUCCUCCACCUCUCAAACCCUCAACCUCUCCAUCUCUCAAACCCUCCUCAAGCUCUCUGUCAGUUACUGUACUGUCUACCAAUGCUACUGAUGAUUCUUUUCAGUCUGUUCAGGCUCCAGCUAGACCUGUUUUGAUGGGAUCGUUUUAUCAAGGCCAUUCACGGUUUGGUGACAUCAGAGACAAGCAGUGCGGCACGGUCAGCCUGGUUGGAGUUUUGCGGUCCAAGACCAAGAAUGUUCUCACGUGGACUGCCAGAGAUUUGGACAACAUUUUGAUUAGAGGAAGUGCCUUGUACAGAUGUCUCAAAAGUGCAAAUAAGAUACGAGGUGUUACUGGACUUGUAUCAGUGAGAGAAUUACCAGCUAGACAUCAUGAAUGGAAUUCUGAAUUUUCAAUAAACUUUGCUGACUCCUACAUGGGUUUCAUUGAUGUGAAUGAAUAUGAUGAUGAUGUGUCUGAUUAUGCAAUGCCUCUUGAUGCAGCGUUACAACGCACGCUACUGAGUAAUGACUGUUGUCUUUUCACUGUGUCUUCAUCCACUGCUGCAAUUGUGAAGGAAGGUUCAUGGUUUGCUGUAAUUGAUUCCCAUGGCAGAAAGACGAAUGCGAACAGGCGCCUUGUCAGUUCUGUUAGUUUUUUCAGCUCAAUAGAAAGUCUGUACGAGUACCUACUUAACUUGGGUCGGUCAUACAAACAGGUGAUGAUGAGUGUGCCAUUCGAGGUGACUGGAGUUGCUGUGACGAUGCCAAAUCAACAUCCGACACCUGAUGUGAGCAGUCCGUUUCCAAGCAAUGUUGUGGAAGGUGAGGUGACUGAGAAUGUCCUAUGUCACGCUAAUGAUGUUGCAGAAUGUUCAAAUGCAGGUGAAGCUGUUUAUGACCCUUCGGCAACCGAUGAUGUGUCUUCAGUACAGGUUGACGACCCACAGACUGCAGACGAGGUUUUAAUUACCAAUGUGAGUCUUUGUCAACAGGCAUUUACACCUUUAUCAAGUGAGGAACAGGAGACGUUGUGCAGACGUUUUGAAUUAACCAAUGACAUGUUCUCUCAUUCAGCAUUUGUGGGGAUGAAAAUCAGCACUUACGAAUCAGAAGGGCUGUUGUGAAACACCUUGAAAACAACAGUGCACAGUUUGAAAGGUAUUUGAGAUCUGAUUACCCCUCUGUUCAAGUUUAUGUUGAUAAAUCAAGAAUGUUUUAUUCCCGUUCGUGGGCCACAGAAAUGGAAAUCUUCACUGCUGCUGACUUGUUUCAAAUACCCAUCUUCACCUACAAUAACGACAGAUGGAAUCGACACGGGCCAGCGAAGGUAUUGUCAAACACACAAGGUUGCAUAUAUUUAAAUCACACUGGCAAUCAUUAUGAGGUGGUCGUGUGUGUUCAAAACAAGCAAACUGGGAAAUGUGCAGGAUUGUGUUGUCAUAGCGACGAACGCACUCGUCCACAGCGGAAGAGAAAGUUGAACCAGUCAGAAAUUGCAAAGCUGAAAGAUGCUGAGAGAAAGCGACAGCGGUACCACAACGAUCCAACUUUCAAACAAACAAAGCUUGCAAGGCUUCAGGAAAAGUACCAGAAAGAUGAGUGUACAAAGCAGAGGAUGAGACAAUCUUCUCGUUGCUACCGCAGAAAGAAAUAUCAGACAAACUCGGACUUUCGUGAAGACAUGGCUGAAGGGAGACCCCGGAGACGAACCACAACUUGCAGCAUACAACUUUGAACACAACCCGAGAGUGAACUG